AUUUCCGGUCAACAUGGCGGAUUACGAGAGUGUGCUAUGUGUCAAAAACACAGUUCACGUGUACAAAAUACCGCCCCGGCCUUCGAACAGGGGAUAUAGGGCAGCCGACUGGAAACUUGAUGAACCUGACUGGACUGGAAGACUACGAAUUGUUUCCAAAGGGAAAGAUUUAUUCAUAAAACUUGAAGAUAAAAAUUCAGGUGACCUGUUUGCACAAUGUCCAGUAGAAACCUACCCUGGGAUAGCUGUUGAGCCCGUCACAGAUUCUAGUCGAUAUUUUGUAUUACGCAUCAAAGAUGAUGGAGGUCGGUCAGCGUUUAUUGGAAUUGGAUUUGAAGAUCGAGGUGAUUCUUUUGACCUGAAUGUGUCCUUACAAGACCAUUUCAAGUGGUUAAAAACAGAGGAGGAAGCCAAAUCAUCGGCGACACAGUUUGAUAAGGGACCAAAGCUGGACUUGGGCUUCAAGGAAGGUCAGACUAUCAAGAUCAAUAUAGGGACCAAGAAAUCAGAUUCAUCAAAUACCAAAGCCAGACCAAGAGGACAUGCAGGAGGAGGAGGAAUUGGAAUUUUGCCGCCACCACCAGGGGGAGUUAAACUCCCACCACCACCAGGGGGUGGUAUACAGCCACCUCCACUGACGACUCAAGUUCCAACGCAGCCACAAACAGCACCAGUGGCACAAAAUAACAGUUCCAGUGGUUCUAGUAACAUUGACUUACUUUUUGAUUUGGGAUCAACAAAUAGUGAUGCAUCAUCUCUACAGCCUCAGGCAGUACAGAGUAGUAACGACCCCUGGGGCGAUUUCACCAGUGCUGGUUUAACACAGACGCAUCGUCGCAGACAUCAUUCAGAUCCACAAUAACAUCAUAAUUACGGUCUGCCACGGACAACAGCUGGGUACAGUUCUAAGGAUCUAGUUAUAGCACCUCAUGGACAUUCUAUAAAUAUUGCUGAGCUUCGUAUCAGUACACAUAUAUACUGGCUGUUCAUCAUCGUCAUCGCUAUCAUCGCCAUGACACCCAUACUCAUCAACAUUUGACCUCAUACAUUGGGUCAAAGUUAACGACAUUUGACCUGAAAUAAAAUUGAACUAAAUUAUUUGUAGUAUUUUGUGUAAUGGCUGGUCUGCUGUGAAGGCAGUUUAACAUUAGGUACAUGCUACAUAUAUAUGUUAAUGUGGUGUUUUACAGAGAAGAAUGUCUGUUACUGUCGAAUUCAACUGUAUUUAUGUACGUAAUAUAUAUAUAGAUGUCUUGUCAUUUCAUAACCUUAUAUGGUAAGUGUUAAAGGUCAUAAUAUUUGAAGGUUGUUAACAUUGUAGAGGUCCUUAUAUCAAUUAUGAAGGUCAUUACAUUGUAAAGAUAACAUUGUGAAGGUCAUUAUAUUGGUAUGGUCAUUACAUUGUGACGGUCAUUAUAUUGUAAUGGACAUGACAUUGUAAAGGUCAUUAAAUUGUAAAGAUAACAUUGUAAAGGUCAUUAAAUUGUAAAGAUAACUUUAUGAAGGUCAUUAUAUUGUAAUGGUCAUUACAUUUUGAAGGUCAUUAUAUUGUAAUGGUCAUUACAUUUUGAAGGUCAUUAUGUUAUGAACAGUAGGUACACUAUAUUGUAAUGGACAUUACAAUAUAAAAUGGAAAUUACAAUAUAAAAGGUGUUUAAAUACUCUCAAAUCACUUUAGCUUAAGUUAAUUUUAUUAUGUUCUCUUGUGUAUUGAAGUCCAAUACUUUUUAAUAAUUGAUUUCCAAGGGAUUUAACGUCUGACAGACAUGAUGACAUCAUUGACCUUUGGAUGUUCCUUCAGUGUGGUGCCAAAUUUAGAUAUACAACUGUACUAUCAUUUGAAGGACAUUAGGGUUCAGAACUUGUUGUUAAUGUUCAGUUCGAUUGUGCUUUAGUUUGUAGGUCUCACAAUUUUCUGCUCAAAUUUGAUUCUGUGCAGUGAUUGUUAUAUGUGAUGCUUUUAUACAAAUCCAGUCUAUCCUGCCUAUCAGCUUUCUUUAUUUUUAUCCCUCAAAACACUUUUUGUUGUUUUUAUUUUAUUUAUAAGCUUCCAGAAACAAUUGUUAGUUUUGACAUAAGUAUAAUUCCUUAACUGCAUUUCCAAUUUAAAAUUGAAUUUCAUGAAAAAUACUUUAUCAGGCACUUUCAUAUUUAGGGCAUAGCAGAAAGUUUUUUACCGAGUUAAAAUCUGUGACAAAUUUCUGCAAUAACUAAUUUUUGAAUUUAGAAAAUUGAGUUACAGGUACAUGAUAAGUCCUGUCUGUAAUGUAUGAUGAAACAUUUACCAAAUUAGCCAUGGUGAAUGGUUCAUCUAUUUGUUGAUGUUGUUGUUUAUGGAGUUGUUGGAAGACAAUUUGAAAGUGUAGCUAUGUAAUUAUAUAGUGUAUACCGGUACAUACUGUAUACUGUAGUGUAUAGAAAGUAAUAGGCUAGGUGUCUCAUAUUACAUUAAAGUCAUCUGUGGUACUAGGAUGUCCUUGUAAUAAACUUUACCGUAGGACUCUACAGAUUCCUGUCUGCUGUUUCAUAAUUCAUUGUUUAGUGUUAUCUAUAAAAAAACAAAGUAUGAUAAUCUCAUUAUUAGUGUUUCAAGGAAUCACUACAAAACAUUAGACUUUGAAACACUCCCAUUUCCAAAAGAGUUCAGUGCAGAAUAUGAUUGGAAGAGAGUUUUGAUUGGGUGUUUGGGAGAGAGCUUUGAUUGGGUGUUUGGGAUAGAGCUUUGAUUUGUUGUUUGGGAGAGAGCUUUGAUUGGAUGUUUGGGAUAGAGCUUUGAUUGGUUGUUUGGAAGAGAACCUUGAGUGUUUGGGAGAGAGCAUAAUUGGGCAUUUACUAGUGAAAUUUGAUUAGGUGUUUGGAGAUAUUUUUUACUGAGAGUGUUUGAAGAGCGAUAUUUGUUGUUUUACGUAAAUGCAAUGGUUGUUUAUUACUAGAAGCUUCCUGAGAAGAUAUUCACUACAUAGUAAACUAAUAGAUAAGGACAGUCGAUCGAGUUCUACUUUAUCAGACUAUUGUUCAUGUUACUUGUUGAUGGUGACAAGGAAUCGCCCUGGUAAACUGGUAAUCCUUAUUUUAUAUAAUUUUAUUGUAAGGGCUCUUGAAGAAAUUAUAAAGCACACAUAUAUGCACACGAUUUUCAUAAAUGUGUGAAUGAAUAUUUCAUAUCUAAGAUUAAAUUAAUUACAGGGAAAAAUAACAAAAUAGACAACAGAAAUACUAGUAUUUAUAAACUAUAUUUAAAACAUGUAGAGAGAUAGCAACCUUAUACAUAUUAACUACUUUGUAAGUACCCAGUAGUGCGAUAAAACUUGUUACAUAGACUCAGAAUUUGUACCCUGUUAUUAUUGUCUCAAUGUCAGAUUAAGCAGACUUUCUAACUAUACAUCUUGUCUGGAAUGUAAAAUGUUUUGUACGAUAUAGUGAACUUUUCAUUGGAUGUACAUGUAUCCUAUAUCACUUAGUGUUCAAAAGUAUGAAGCUCAAGAGGAAGUGUUCUGUUAUAAAGUCAUAAUCAUCCAUAAAUAUGUCAAUAUGAUGUAUUCGACAGUAAAUCUGAUUAUGCAAUUGAUGUUUAAGUUGUGUGUAUUCCCACAUGUAUAAUACCUGUAAAAGGUAUGAUUAUGUAUAGAUGUACAUAUGUAAACCUGCUACAUUGGUGAAUUUUAUAUCCAUUACAAGAGAAGGAUUGGCCUGGACUAAUUUGUAGAUAAAUACAGAACUUUCCUACUUUAAACCUUUCUACGUGUAGCAAUAUUUGGUUGUGGUGAAUUGAAAGUUUUUGUGAUAAUUUUAAAAUUUAUAGAAUUACUAAAGUAAAAGAAACAAACCAUCAAUCAUGACUCAAAACAGUAUGUUUAAAUCGUUAUCUAGUGUGAGAUUACGGCAAAUAAUUUCACAUGAAAAUAUUUAAACUCUCAUUCACAAUUGAAUACAUAUUACAUUAUAAUUUUACUUAAUUUUAUUUGCUUUGUAUAUACCAGUAUUUCUUCUAAAAUUGUCACUUCAGUAUUGCAAUAGUGUUCCAUGAAGAAGGCUUUGAAAUUCUGCAAGAAUUAUAUCAACGAUAGCCGUGUAUGAAGAUUUAGUGAUCAGGGGAGAUAAUCUAGUAUGAUACUAAGAUAAUCAACACAAAUUUUACGAGAGGAUAAAUGACGAGAGUAGAGAGAGAUGGAGAUAUAUAAGGUGUGUCUGUUUCUGAAUGUAUCUGUAUGUAUUGUGAAUAAAUCAUUCCAACCCUAA